AUGCAUGACCUCAGACUUUAUGCUGCUGCCUUAAAAGCCCUGCAGGAUAAGUACGGUCAGCCCCGCCAACUCGUCCAGUGUGAGCUAGCCACCAUUCUAAACUCCCCUGCAUCUUGCCACAGCCUGUGCAACAUCUCAACCUCACUACUGAGUCUGAGACGCUCACCCUCAAAAAUGUUGUACAACUUCAAGGUGCCUCAGUUACCUCUUGAUGUUCCACCUCUGUUCGAACCCUCCAAGAAAUACCGGAUAUAUCAGACAUUCACCACCAACAACUUAGGCCAUUCCAAACACUCCUCUCCAGUCGCAACUCUCCAAAGGCAACACGACCACCUCCGCAACAUGCCUUCCCCAACUGUGGACCAUGCCCAACCUCUGCUGCUGAUCGGUUCGGACAUGCCUCACCUACUGAUACCCCUACAGCCAAAGGAGCUGAGUCUUCCAAGAAGAGGAAGUUUCUGCAGGACGAGCAACAGAAAAAGCCUGAUAGGAAGUGGUCAGUCUUCGGCGCUUCCGCGACCUCACUCCCCCCUCUCAUCGCAUACAGGAACGAGUCCUCAAGACAGCCCCAGAAACUUCUCUCCUAGUGCCUCAGCCCACUUCUCCUUUGCACGAAGGACUGAUGGACGACGCUGGUCUUUGGCAUCUCUGCCCUCAUCUGGCUAUGGCACCAAUACACCCAGCUCCACUGUUUCUUCGUCCUGUUCAUCACAGGAGAAGCUUCACCAGCUGCCCUUCCAGCCCACGCCGGACGAGCUGCACUUCCUCUCCAAGCACUUCUGCACCGAGAGCAUCGCUGGGGAUGACCGACGGAGGGGGACCGCGCCCAUGCGACCCCGCUCGCGCAGUCUCAGCCCUGGAAGAUCCCCAUCCUGUUGUGAUCAUGAGAUUAUUAUGAUGAACCAUGUCUACAAGGAACGCUUUCCUAAGGCCACAGCCCAGAUGGAGGAGAGGAUCCAGGAGAUCAUCCGGACGAGCUCCCCGGAGAGCGUGCUGCCACUGGCGGACGGUGUGCUGGGGUUCGCCCACCACCAGAUCAUCGAGCUGGUCCGCGACUGCCUGGAGAAGAGCCGCCUGGGCCACAUCACAUCACGCUACUUUUGUGAGCUCACCGACAAGCUGGAGAGGCUCUUCCAGGAGUCCACGUCUCGGUCGGAGAGCCAGGAGGUGAACUUCAUCAAAGAGCUGGUAAAGAAGAUCCUCAUCGUCAUCGCCAGGCCGGCGCGCCUGCUGGAAUGCCUGGAGUUUGAUCCAGAGGAGUUCUACCAUCUGUUGGAGGCUGCCGAGGGUCACGCCAAAGAGGGCCAGGGCAUCAAGACUGACAUCCCCCGCUACAUCAUCAGCCAGCUGGGUCUCACACGGGACCCCCUGGAAGAAAUUGCUCAGAUGACCAGUUAUGACAGUGGGAUAGCGGAAACACCAGAGACAGAUGACUCUUCCCAGAGUCUGAGCGUGGCCCUACGAUCCCGACGAAAGCCCUGCGAGAUGGACUUUGAGAUGACCAAACUCAUCAGCAACGGAGCCUACGGGGCUGUGUAUCUGGUGCGCCAUAAGGAGACCAAGCAGCGUUUUGCCAUGAAGAAGAUCAACAAACAGAACCUGAUGCUGAGGAACCAGAUCCAGCAGGCCUUCGUGGAGAGAGACAUCCUGACCUUCGCUGAGAACCCCUUCGUGGUCUCCAUGUACUGUUCCUUCCAGACGCGACGACACCUCUGCAUGGUCAUGGAGUAUGUGGAAGGAGGUGACUGUGCCAACCUGCUGAAGAACAUGGGUCCCCUGCCUGUGGACAUGGCCAGGAUGUACUUUGCUGAGACGGUCCUGGCUCUGGAGUACCUCCACAACUAUGGCAUCGUCCACAGGGAUCUCAAACCAGACAAUCUGCUGGUGACCUCCAUGGGCCACAUCAAGUUGACAGACUUUGGGCUGUCCAAGGUGGGCCUGAUGAACAUGACCACUAACCUGUACGAGGGACACAUAGAGAAGGACGCCCGGGAGUUCUCUGAUAAACAGGUGUGUGGGACCCCAGAGUACAUUGCUCCAGAGGUGAUCCUGAGACAGGGCUAUGGGAAGCCUGUGGACUGGUGGGCUAUGGGCAUCAUCCUCUAUGAGUUCCUGGUCGGCUGCGUACCCUUCUUUGGAGACACACCAGAAGAACUGUUUGGGCAGGUCAUCAGCGAUGAGAUCAACUGGCCGGAAGGAGAAGAUGCUCCCCCUGCCGACUCCCAGGAACUCAUCACCCUGCUACUCAGACAGAACCCUCUGGAGAGGAUGGGAACAGGCGGUGCGUAUGAGGUGAAGCACCACAAGUUCUUCCACACUCUGGACUGGGACAGUCUGCUGAGACAGAAGGCUGAGUUCAUCCCUCAGCUGGAGUCAGAGGACGACACCAGCUACUUCGACACUCGAUCAGAUAGGUACCAUCACCUGGAGACGGAGGAGGAGGAGGAUACGAAUGAUGAAGACUUCAAUGUGGAGCUACGACAGUUCUCCUCCUGCUCUCACAGGUUCUCCAAGGUGUACAGCAGCUUGGACCUGUCCCGUGGCCAGCUGGAGGAGAAGGGCGAGACGGAGGAGAAGAAGAGUGAGAGCUCUCUGACUGUGGACUCUCUGAGCUGGACACCGGAGUUCACUGAAAUGCACUCCCUGUCCCGAUCCUCGGACACAGAGAGCACUAGCAUGGGCCUUCGCCCCCCCGGCCUGCUCCCCAAGUUUGCUAUCUCGGCCGAGGACGGAGAUGAGGAGUCCCUGAUCCUGGGGGACCCCAGCAAGGUGGCCUUCUCCAUCGGAGAGGACGAGGCUGACGCAACCACCCCCGGGAGCACCCACAGCGGGGCUACUCUCUCUGGUAGUUUCUCAGAGCACCUGGACCCGCUUCCUUCCAGGGGUGAGGGCGUAGACAGCCCUGACUCCUCCUCCAAGACUCCCAUGGACCUGGGAGGGCAGCAUGGCGGCCUGCAGCCCGAUGGACAUGGGGAUAAGCAUGGUGGUGUUGCCAAAGUUUCCAAGUCUGUCUCAGCUAGUGCCCUCUCCCUCAUGAUCCCUGGAGAUAUCUUCGGGGUGUCCCCUCUGGCCAGCCCCAUAUCCCCCUACUCCCUCUCCUCGGACCCAUCUUCUCGUGACUCCUCCCCCAGCCGAGACUCCUCCCUCUGCGUCAUCUGCCCUCGGCAGCCAAUCAUCAUCCACAGCUCGGGGAAGAAGUUUGGCUUCACGCUGCGGGCCAUCCCGGUGUACGCCUGCGACCGUGAUGUCUACACUGUCUACCACACGGUCUUAAAUGUGGAGGACCUGGGUCCGGCCCAGAAGGCGGGGCUGAAAGCUGGUGACCUCAUCACUCAUGUGAAUGGAGAGCCGGUCCACGGCCUGGUCCACACUGAGGUGGUGGAACUGCUGCUCAAGAGUGGCAGUAAGGUGGCAAUCUCCACCACACCGUUUGAGAACACCUCCAUCAAAACAGGGCCUGCCAGGAGGAACAGCUGCAGGAGCAAGAUGAUCCGACGCACCAAGAAGCCCAAGAAGGAGAAGACACAAGAAAGGCGGCGGUCUGUGUUCAGGCGUUUUGCCAUGCAGCCCUCCCCUCUGCUGCAGACCAGCCGUAGUUUCUCCUCUCUCAACCGCUCCCUGUCCUCUGGGGAGAGUCUCCCAGGGUCUCCUACCCACAACCUGUCCCCUCGCUCCCCCACCGCAGCCUUCCGACCCACCCCCGACUUCAACCAGUCAGGUGGCAACUCCUCUCAGAGUAGCUCCCCGAGCUCCAGCGCUCCAAACUCCCCCGCAGGCUCCUGCCACAUUCGUCCCAGCACCCUCCACGGCCUGGGCCCCAAACUGACUGGCCAGAGGCUCCGACAGGGCCGUCGCAAGUCCGCCGGCAGCAUUCCCCUCUCCCCACUGGCCCGCACCCCAUCUCCGACCCCCCAGCCCACCUCCCCGCAGCGCUCACCAUCUCCCUUACUCAGCCAUGGGUCCAUGGGGAUCUCCAAGACCAACCAGGCCUUCCCAGUCAAGAUGCACUCGCCCCCCACCAUUGUCCGCCACAUGGUACGGCCCAAGAGUGCGGAGCCGCCCCGCUCGCCACUCCUCCAGCGGGUGCAGUCGGAGGAGAAGCUGUCACCCUCCUACACGGGUGACAAGAAGCACCUGUGUUCCAGGAAGCACAGCCUGGAGGUGACCCAGGAAGAGGCCCUGGGAGAGGAGGUGCGUCCUGGGGACAUGGACCACAACACCCUGCAGAGUGUGGAGGAGACGCCCAGCGAGCCUCCGACCAUCACCCGGGUCCGGCCGGCUGAGCAGGGCUGCCUCAAGAGGCCCGUUGGCCGCAAGAUGGGUCGGCAGGAGUCUAUGGAGGAGCUGGACAAGGAGAAACUGAAAGCCAAGGGGGUGAUGAAGAAACAGGACUGGUCAGAGAGGCGAGAAUCCCUGCAGAAGCAGGACGCUCUACAGGAGUCUGAUACAUCUGGUGCUGAAGGAGGAAGAAGCCAGGGCAGAAGCCAAGGCUCAGAGACAGUCUCACUGGAAGGCAAAGCUGCCAGCUUCACCCUAAAAGAUGUCCUGUAUAAGAAGCUGAACACACGUGCCUGUGAGGGCACCCCCGAACCACUAGGGGGCAAUAGCGCUGACUCGUCUCUGUGCUCUAUCCAUCCUGACUGGAGCUCCCAGAAGCCUGAGUGGCAGCUGUCCAGGCAGAGCAAAGAGGGCGGUAAGCCAGACAGGCUUGAUUUCAAGGCCCCCAACAUGGAAUUUGCCCGAAAGAGGCAGUCGUUCGAGGAGCGAGAAGACGGCGGCAUGUGUCGGCUCUCUCCCGGCAUUCAUGAGAGCCUCCAUUUUGGCUCCAUCCGUUCCAAGAGUCUGCAGCUGGACUCAGCGCUGGCUCUAGACCACAUCAAAAGUACAAUGAGCAGCGUCCACACCAGCCCUGAGGGCCUGAACCCCAAGAUGUUUUCUGGGAGGGGGGAGGGAAGCGCCGUGGAGAAACUCCAGCUCAUCUCCUCCAAUGAAUGCUCCCUCAGGAAGACCUCCUCGGAAUACAAGCUGGAGGGGCGUCUGGUCUCCUCCCUCAAACCCCUGGAGGGCACCCUGGACAUUGGCCUUCUUUCCGGGCCAAGGGUGUCUAAAACAGACACCUGCCUCUCCAAGAUGGCCGACAGUGAUGGCGGCUCAAUAGGGAUACCCACGUGGCUGCAAAGCCCAGUUGAGCGGCAGGUGUUGAUUCCCCUGCUCAAACCCUCUGACAAGCAGAAGAGCCCCCCCACCAGUAUACUAAGCCCUGCAGCUGUUGUGGCCCUCAGCAGCCCAGUUCCCGCCAAAGAGGCUAGUAUUUCCAACACUGGGUUUAAAUGCAGUAGCAGUGGUGAGACGCCACACGACAGACCUAGUCACAGUGAACCCCCUUCCUCCAAGGCAGAGGUCUCCGACUUUGGUGGGAAACAAGAGAGCAGGUCCAGUAUGAUAGCUCAUGAUCAUAGGACAUCCCGCCACAGCGCCCACUUUUCCCACUGCGGGAAGACGCCCUCCAUACGGGAGGUCAGCAACGAAGACCAGGAGGAGGAGGUAGAACCACCUCAAGAGACUUCAGCUCCUGCACAGCAAAACAACAUUGAUAUCUCCAAGACAUCCGAUACAGUUGUCGCCGCAAAGCCAGGGAAUCCCAGGAAGACUGCACCAUCCGUCCCUGCCCCAAAGGUGGAGGUUCAUACAACUUCCCCUCAUGUAGCUGUACCAGUGAAGCAAAGUUCAGAUUGUCAGUCAGGGCCCAGUUACCUGCAGAGCAAUGAGAAACAAGGACCAGCUGAGAAUACAGGUAGCAUCACUACAUUUGUACAAUAUAUUUUAGAGCAGACUCCAUACCUGUCAAAGCAGCAGAUGGUAUGCAGCAGUCCCUCGACAGGGACCACAAUGCAAACGUCCAUCCCUGCUCCAAUCUCUAGUCUUGGAGAUAAGAACCGAACAAGUGGUCAAGCUUCUCAAAAACAGCAUGGCACGGAGAAAACCCAAAAUCCGGACAAGGUUCAAAGCAACAGGCCAGUUCCAAACAAUGCCAAUGAACCUGCCAUUGUGUCUGCUGUUGAGGAGCUCAAAACUGCAAACGCAGGAAGGGAUAAAAUGACCGAAGUCAGAGAGACAAGUCCUAAAGUGGAUGUAAAAUGUGUUUUGUCUAAAGAAAUGUUGUACAAUGCAACUGGUAAAACAGAAGCAACACAAAGGUGUGAUCAAAGAAAAUAUGCUUGUACCAUUAGCAGUCAGGUAGCAAAUAGUAGUGUAGCAAAGCAAAGUAGAGAAGAUCCCACUUCACCAAAGAUGAAGGGUAGCAAUGCAAAGACUGGAGAGCGAGAGCAGGUAUCUUUAACAAAUCGACCUGCUGAAAAGGAUUGGGUCAAAGGGGCUCUUGAGACAGAAAUACCCAUCACUAAAAAGCAAACUGUUGAUGUAAAUAUCAAAGAGACAAGUCCUGUGCGGACAGUGAAACAGUCACCACCAAGUCCCGCUUCAACAAAACAAACAAUCUUCAAUCCCGAAACUAAGCCAAGAUCUGACUCACCUCUCCCUUCACAAACUUUUGGGAAGAGAGAGGAGGAGAGGGGGAGGUAUGAAGCAAAAACUCCUGCCCCAGUCGUCAAAGGAAGCCUGGGUUCAAAACCACAAGAGUCAUCUCAGAAAACCCCGGUCUCAAUGGUCAAAGAAAUCCCAGACUCAAAACAGAAAGAUCCCCUACUCAAAACCUCAGUUCAAAGCCAUGUGAAAGAAAGUUCAGUCUCCAAACUAAAGGAAUCUUUGUCCCAAAUUCCUGCCCUAACUCCAGUUGUCAGACAAAUCUCUGACCCCAAAAAGAAACAGAAAGAACCCGAACCCCACACCUUUGCCCCAACCCCAGCCCAAGUCAUCAAAGAUAACCUGGACUCAAAACAGAAAUCAGCCCCUCAGAAAACCUCUAUCUCAAUCUCAAUCAACUCAAAACAAAAGGAAAUCACUACUUCAACAGUUGUCAGACAAAUCGUAGAUUCAAAACAUAAAUCACCCCCUCACAAAACUCUUGCCCCAAACGCAACCACUGUCAUGAAAGAGCCAGCCUUUGCUGCAACUCGACAAGCCCAGAAAGAGCCUCCGACCUGGGCCAAUGCUCCCUCCCAGUCCGCCCCUGUACCAGUGGUUCCAGCCCCAGCAGUGAGAAGAGAAGCACACCCACCCAACGGUGGAACUCUCUCAAGCAGGGCCAGCGGCAGCACCGGACAGGAGGCUGUGGUCCAGACCUCCAGGGAGGACCAGGGGAAACCGAGGGAAGAGGCCCCUAGGUCGGAAGGCCUUAGGUUGGACUCUUAUAGAGGCCUGGGUGGGAUGGAUGCCACAGGGCCAGCAGCCACCAUCCCCAGCAACAGUACCCCCCAGGCCAAACCCAGCACAGCUGAACCCAGGGUCUCUAACUCUGACAAGCAGGUAACCUCCAGCCGAAAAGAACAGGCUGACAAGAAGAAAGGGGAAUCUGCUCAAGAGGUAGCGUCUGCACAGAAAAACACCAAGAGAGAGACUUCAAGAGUGGCUGCUAUGGUGAAAGAAGCCACAGGUUCAGACAAAGACUUGGCCCGACACAAGCAAUCGAAGGAUUUGCCACGUGGCCCCGCAAACAGAAAGUAAAUGCGGGAUUAAAAAAAUACGAUGGCAGCCACCUUUGCUUUUGCGAUAUGUCAGAAAUAAAACAUUUUUGUUUUUGUUAGUAGUGUCAUCAUGCCUUAUUUUUUUGAGAACCGGGGAAGCUGUUACUUCAGUGUUUAUAUUGCGUGAGAGAGACAGAUUUUUGUGUGUGUGGUGGUGAUUGUGAAUGCUUGGUCGAUACAAUAAAUGUCUAAUGUUUUUGGACUGAAUGUAGACUGAUUUGCUGCUCAUUUGUGGUUCUCUGCUGUGUGUAACAAAGGUGUCAAAUUUGUAUCUGGUGAUAGUUUGGGGGCUUUAUUUUUAAUUGACAGCAAGCAGAGUGCAAUGUGCAAUCAAUAUGUCAGGGGGCAGGUUGAAUUGAAUUGCACUGGGUUUAGCGGUCUGGGUUUAGAGCACCUGACAUUGAAGGUAGCAGACUUUCAAUGCGUGUAGACUGAACUAUGUCCAUUUCACUCCCACUCAGUCGUGUGAGCUGAAAACACAGUGGUCAUGGCACAUCAUCCAGUCAACCAUUUAAGUGGUGUGAUAUUGAUGCAGAUCAUUCACUCGUUAUACCGAAGUCAAAUAUCACCAAGUUUGUUUAGAUACUUUAUCUUAUGUCGCUUUUUCUUUCUUUUUUAUUACCGAGAAGUGAAGUUAGCUUUUUUUGGAUUUGGGUAGCGGUGCACAGAAGAAACGCACUAUGUUCUGUACUUCUUACCUAUAACUAUUUAAUAUGGAAUCAUCUUACGGUUCUGGAAUCAUAUUUAGUGGAAGAGGCCUUAGGGUUAUGGGGAAUAAAAAAAAACUUGCUGUUCUUAGUAGGUUAUGUUGUAAUUCACAUUCCUUUCACAUCUCUACAUUUCUUAACCUUUGAUUUGUAUGCAAUAUCUUGUAAGUAAUUAUGUCAACACUAACUGUAAAAAUUGGGAUACAUGGGCUUAAGUAAAUAUAAGUGUGUUUUAUAUGUAUAUAUUUUGCAAUGUCAUGUUUGUAUACUCAGUGAUGUCAUUUCAGAAUCAUGUUCUGCUUGAUAAUUCUGUGGUCUAGAAUAAGCUAACAUAAUGUCUAUCUACCUAUCCAAAAGACAUCCUCUCUAACAUAGUAAUUUUAACAGUUCUGAUAUGUUCUGAAUUUUACUUGAAUAGAAAUAAAGCAUAAAUGGGCAAUUGUGCUUUUCCUCAAAAAUGUAGUGUUGAAAAUAAACAAAUAAAAAACUGAGAGGCAAGUGGUUCCCAAGAAUGUGUUCAAUCUCAAUUUUGCCAUAAUGUAUGAAGAAUUGUAAUACACUGGAAUAUUUCACUGAGCCCAAUAAAUUUGAAUAUUUCACUGAGAAAAUAUGUAUGUUAUUAUGACAAUGUGUAGAAUGCAAGCUCAAUGAGUUGAUGGAAUGAACCAACAAUUCUAAGUACGUUUGCCACACUGUGGAAGAGAUUUCUGAAAGUCCGUUUUUAAGGAGUAAUCUGCAUCUUAUUGGGUGUUGUUUUCCAGGUUUGUUUAUUUGUGCGAUUAGAUAUUCAUACAAUGGGAAAUGCAUUUUUGGGUAUGGUAAAUUAAAAAGGGCUCAAAUUCAAGGAAACGUCUAGAAAAUAUAUUGGGAAUGUCAGGGUUGCAAGAGAUUAGAUUUCAGAUAAACUUCUGAAGUUGUGUUCUAUUGUUUGUAUUGUUUUUUUCAUUUUCAUUCAACUCAUGUUUUUUCUUUUCUUUUUCCGUAAGCAAUGCAGUAGCCUACAUUUAUGUACCAGAUCAGCCAGAUGAAAACAGUAUUCAGUUAAAUGUCUAGCUAACAAUAGGCUUGAAAUUACUGAUUUUCUAAGAACAAAAUGCACCAAUAUACAAAUCUUAUAUACAUAAGUCAUUAUUCUAGACAGCUGAUGUUUAGGGGAUUAUACUGGCUUUGUGUAUCAAAAAACAGUGGACUUCUUUUACGCUGACGUGGGCAUAUCCUGUAGUUUAGCUGCCAGGCCUUUUGAUUGCAUACCCUAAAUAUCCAACACAAAAUAGAUUUCGAAAUAUGCUAUACAAUAUUUACUCUAUAAGGUAGGCUAUGUCAUAACAAUUAACAAUCUACUUUAUCUUAGGGAGGCAAACAAAAACUAAACGGGACGCUAUAUAUUUACAUAAAUGGUCAACUGUACCCACGAAUGCACAUUGUAGAAAAUAACAAAUGAGAUUGAUUGUAAAGAUUUUUUUUUAAAUAAGAUUCUGAAGUUUUACUAUUCUCAUUUAGUUAUUGUAAAUGUAUUGUCAAAUGUUUGGAGGGAGAGAAAAAGGUCACCUUAAUAUUAGGCACCUUUCCCCUUCCUUCUAGUUGUACUAGUUAGUAGAAAGAAUGAUUGAGAUGAGAAUGUUGUUCCCUAUCAAACAGGCUCUUCCCACUGGGCAAAAGCUGGUUGAGUCAACCUUGUUUGCACGUCAUUUCAACCAAAAAGAUUCAAUGGGAUGACGUUGAAUGAACGUGAAAAACUGAUUGGAUUUGAAGAAAGUCAUCAAUGUAAGAGAAUUUCAUUUAUUUUUUUUGCACCUAACUUUAACCAAAAUUCAAUGACAUGGUGACAUGUUUUGUUGAUUUCACGUUGAAUUUACAUUAGAUGACAACUCAACCAAAUGUAAAUCAAAACAAGACGUUGAACUGACGUCUGUGCCCAGUAGGUGGAUACAGAUGGAAAUGAAUCAGAAAACACUCUUUGAAUGAUGGAGAGUCUAUUUGUCCCCAUGCCUUUUUUUUCUGAUUAGAUGUUUAAAUCCUUUAAAAAAAGCACAUUCAGUGUUUGUUUACAAAUACUUCAUGGAUGUAUAUUUUGUAUAUUGUGUUAAUGAUUUGCCAAAUCUAUACGCUACGUCACAGGAAAUAUGUUCGUGUUGGUAGUGUCUGUGACUUCCUCACCUACCCAGCCACCCAGUUGUGUUAGACUGUCUUAUCUGUGUGGUGGUCAAUGUCUCUGUUUCAACAUCUGUCGGGUCCCACAUUGUCCUGCUUGUUUUUGGAGUUUCCUUUUUUCCUUUAUGUGUGAAACUAGUAUUAGAUGAAUUUGCUCACUAUGGUUUGUCUUUUAGGAUUUGUACAAUAAAGAUGUUUGAGUUUUUGUA